AUGGCCGCUCCUCCAACUUCAAGCGCUUUGAUAAGAACCAUUUCAAGGUCGACUUUUCACUUCAGCGUGUUAAAGCAGAGAGAGCGAAACCAGACACCCAAAAGCACCACGAAAAACACCAGAACUGCCAACAAAGUAAAAUCUGUGAAAGAUCCUAUUGAAGUAUACUGUAGGAUUAGACCUUUAGAGAAUGAAUUUGAUCAACCCUGUGUUAAAGCUAAAGAUGAAAAAACUGUCAUAUUGUCAGAUAUUUCUCAAAACACAAGAACAAUAAAAGAGGUUCAUCAUUCAUUUAAACGUGUAUUCGAUGGUUCUACUACACAGAAGGAGCUAUUUGACUACGUUGCUCUUCCUUUAGUUCAAGAUCUUAUAUCUGGACAAAAUGGUUUAUUAUUUACUUAUGGAAUUACGUCAUCUGGGAAAACAUAUACAAUGACAGGUAGUCCUCAAGAUGGAGGUUUGCUUCCAAGAAGUCUUGAUGCCAUUUUUAACAGUAUAAGUGACUAUCAAGCUAAAAAAUAUGUUUUCAAAUCAGACACUAGGUCUAACUGUAUCUACAUUCAAUCUACUGCUGAAGCUCUUCUGGAACAGCAAAAAAACCUAGGUGUUUUCUCUAAUAAAACACCAAAACAUAAGAAUAAAAUCAUUGGAGAUGGGCCUACUAGAGUUCCGGAUCCAGCUGUUGUUGAUGUAAAUCCCGAUGUCAACUAUGCUGUGUUUGUGUCCUAUGUGGAAAUUUACAAUAAUUACAUUUAUGAUUUGCUUGAAGAUGCAGCUGCUGAUUCCAGGAGGCCCAAUUUAACCAAAGUGCUUCGUGCAGAUAACUCUUCGAACAUGUACAUUUGUGAUGUAAUAGAAACAGAGGUGAAAAGUGUUGAUGAAGCUUUGGAAUUGCUUCAUAAAGGUCAACAAAGAAGAAGGGUGGCUUCUACUCAUUUGAAUGCAGAAUCAAGUCGCAGUCAUAGUGUAUUUACUAUACGUCUUGUUCAGGCUCCUUUAGACCCUAUAGGAGCAGAAGUUUUGCAGGAUAAAGAUCAAAUGAUUAUAAGUCAACUGUCAUUAGUAGAUCUUGCUGGAAGUGAAAGAGGAAAGAGAACAAAAAAUCAAGGUCUUGCUACAAGAGAAGCCGGCAACAUCAAUAAUUCUUUAAUGGUUCUCAGGAACUGUAUGGAACUACUGCGUGCUGAAUCGCAAGGUAGAGGAACAGGACAGAUGAUACCAUAUCGAGAAAGCAAGCUUACAUUUUUGUUUAAAACAUUUUUGGAAGGAGAAGGGAAAAUACGUAUGGUGGUAUGUGUUAACCCUGCUGCUGAUAACUUUGAAGAAACAACACAUGUUAUGAAGUUUGCAGAAAUGACACAAGAUGUUUUGAUUUCAAGACCAACUCCUGUGUCAACUCCAACUGCCAUAACUCUGAAACAAGGUAGAGGUAAUUUAUACAAAGAAGCUGUACGAAGGGCUCAGGAGCAAGGAGUGUCGGUAAUGGAAGUUCUUGCACCUGCUGUAUACAGUCUAGGACCUGACUUCCCCCAGCUUAUACAAUCUUUUGAAGAUGAAUCAGUUUACAUAAAUUUAAUAGAGUUUCUCCUUGCAAGAGCUACUCGAAGAAACAUGUUUGUUCAGGACUUGCAUAGGAGACAAAAAAUUUUGAUUGCUAUUGAUAAAGAAAAUGUUCAGCUCAAACAGGAGAAAGCUAUUUUACAAAUGGAUUUAAAUGCUAGAGAGCAGCAAGUGAGAAGUUUAGAAAGGAAAUUAUCCGCAUCUGAUCAAUCAGUGGAACGACUGGAGAAAAAGUUAUCUGAUUUAGAAACAGAAAAAGAAAAUGCCAUAGCUGAACUAAAUCACAAAGCAAAAACGCUGUCUGAACAAAGCAAAGAAGUUGAAAGAGUUAAGAAUAAAAUGCAGGAGAAGUUGGCUUCAGAAAAAGAUCGGCUACGAAGAAUAAUGGAAAGGAGAUUAGCUGAGAAACAGGCAGAACUAGAAAGGAAAAUGUGCUUCACUGAUGAAAAGUUUAGGCAAUUACGAGAAAUUCUGAAUGCUGAUGACUGGGACUACUUUGAUGUAGCUGUUGCAUUACCAGCUGCUACCGUGCCUUCUACAGCUACUUCGGAGGCCUCUGUCCCUGAAGGAAAAGUUACACGUAAAGCAACAGCAACAAGUAACUCUGCUGGUGAACCAUCAGUUGAACCAAGAUUUACUAAAGUAAAAUCAGCUGUAGAUUUUUUCAAUGGAGGAAGCAAUAGACAGACGCCUUCUGCUGGCCCAUCAUCACGAAAUAAUCAUGAUUCCAUUUUUUCUAAAGAGAAUAGGACACCUAGUACAACACCAAGACCUCCUGCAGUUGCAAAUCCGCGACACCGAAGAUCUCAUUCAAGCUCUGGUGAUGUAUGGAUUGAGCAUAAACCAAUUGGAAACCUUGAAUUAAAUACAGUUCUCCAGCCUGCCAUGAAGAAAAAAAAAUCUGUGAGUAAAUUAGAAGUUAAAGAUGUAACAAAAUCUGAUGUUUCCAAAUAUGUUCUCCAACAUCAAGAACAAGACUCCCAGGGUGAAGUUGAAACUCAAUUAUAUAAAGCUGAUGUUAUUCCAUCGGCUGGUGGAGGAGCACAAGUCAUCUUUAAUGAUGUAGAAAAGCUAAAGCAAGUUUCUCCUCCCCCUGUUUAUAACUUAAGGAAACGAAGUUCCGAAAAUUUACCUUUAAGAGAAAUAGAAAACAGGUGCACCGUAUCUGUAGAGUGCCAUGGGCUGCCAUCAAAGAUAAUGAAGAAGAAUUAGCAUACAGAAGAAAGCAAGAGCAUCGUUGUGUAAAAACUUGACUUUUCCCGUCCCCCAAGAUGCGUUAAGACCUUUCUUAUUUGUAUUUAAAUUGUUACUUGCGAGUGAUAUGAUUUUAUGAUGAAAUAUGUCUUUAAUGUUUGUUUUGACUUUGUAUGUUUAGAGUUUUAUUUUGUAAAAAGUUAUCAAAAUUAGUUUUUUAAAUGAAAACUUAGUCAUGAAGUAUUUUUAUGCUUACGUAUGUAUGUAUCAAAAUUAAUGUUUUUGAGUUUUGUAAAAU